AUGAUCCUCAAAUCCCAUGAAGCCAAAAUGAAUGAUACGGAGUACACAGAAAGAUCUGAUAAGGAGAUAAGACAAAAUGAGGCAAAACCGGAAAUUAAAAGCUCAAUUGAUGGUCCACAAGCUCAAUAUCCAAUUCUUCAAAUGAUGCCUGCUAUGAUGUUCGUAGGAACUAAUGCAGUAACGCUACCCAAUCCAAUUGCCAACUUGCAAAUGGACCUGAUGAACCAAAUCAAAAUCGAUUUGAUGAGUUUAGCGAUGUCGUCUCCGUUGUUUUGGAACUUUCCGGAUUUGGCAGCUACACAGAAUAUGGAGCAACAGUAUCCGACACCCAUCUGGACACCGCAUGAUACUGUACCUAUAAAUCAAGAGGCUUCGGAAGAGAAAGAAGAAGACGUCAAAGAAAAUGAGGCUCCACAAUUCACAAAUUUCCCAGCCAACACAAGGUCGAUGUGCCAGCUUGAUCAGAAUGAGCCCACUCCUAGCAAAUCGGAAUCCAAACAGUGCUCCAACUGCUCGAUCACUAAAUCCUGUCAAUGGAGAAAUGUCACAUCUAGCGAAGGGAUACUGUGCAAUGCUUGCUUUGUCUAUGAGAGGAAGUACAAGAAGAGCCGUCCAAUGAAAGCGAUUCAGCAUUAUAAGAAAAGGACAAAUGAUUUUCCAAGUUCACCAGCUACGAAGCUAGCGCAAGGACCAUCUACUCCAUGCAAGACUCCAGCUACACGGUUAGCUAUGGAAUCGUUGAGCUCAUUCCCAGCUACACAGUUUGCUUCUGCUACUUCAACUCCCAAGAGACGAGCUAUGGAUCCGUUGAGCUUGCUAGCUUCACCAACUCCAGCUACACAGUCAUAUACAGAAGCUCUACCAACUUCAGCUACGCAGUUAGUUCAGGAUCCAGCUACUUCAACUCCCAAGAGACGAGCUAUGGAUCCGUUGAGCUUGCUAGCUUCACCAACUCCAGGUACAGUAGCUCAGGCUCCAACUACUCCAAGAAUGUCCAGACCUUCACCAGCUACACAGUUAGCUAUGGAAGCUUCACCAACUCCAUCUAAGCUAGUUCAGGAUCCAACUACUCCAGUAGCUCCGAAUUCUGCUACACCGAAGAGAAGUUAUAGACGAAAGCUUCUAGAAGAAUCACAAAAAUGUUCCAACUGCUCGAUCAUCAAUUCAUGUCGAUGGAGAAACGUCAAAUCGAAAGAAAGCACUCUAUGCAAUGCUUGUUUCGUCUACCGAAGGUAUAUCAAGAAGGAUCGUCCGACUAGUGCAAUCGAGAGUUAUAAGAGCAGAAUUAAUGAAAUGUGA